AUGAUUCCUGAUUUAUUCCACUAUCUUGAGAAUCCUAUUUUUGCGAAUGAAAUUCUUCUCACAAAUUCAACUCAAAACUCGACCAUCAACAACGUUGCUCGCGAAUUCAAAACCGUGGUAAAGCUGCCAGAGCCAAAUACAGUGAUUGUGACCAUUCAACUGUCAAAUAAUUCAACAUCAGAUCGAUUCGCCAGACAAAAUCAAGAGGAUGGAAAUGAAUUUUCAUACACAAACGCAGAUAGAUGGCGGGAAAGAUUCCCGGAUUGUGGAGGACUGUCUCAGAGUCCGAUUGACUUGAGACCUCUGGAUUGCACCAGACUCAACAGCGGAGUAACUAAUUUAAUAUUCACAAAUGCCUAUGCUCCACCACAGUCAAUAGAAUUGAUAAAUGACGGUCAUACAGUAAGAUACGUUUUCCAUUGGGCUGCUGGUCAAGUGCCAAGGAUAGCAGGAGGUCCACUCGGCACUGACGAGUACAUUCCCCAUGAAGUGCACUUUCACUGGACCAAUGGACACUUUGGGGGAACAGAACAUGCCAUCUACGGAUUUAGAUUUACAAUGGAAAUGCAUGUAGUCUGCUACAAUGCUAGAUACGACAAUCUCGCUCAAGCAAUGAAUUUUCCCGAUGGAGUUCUUGUGCUGGCACAAAUGUUCCAGAAGAAAUUCCUCUUUGGCGAGAGGUAUCACUUCCUCCAACUUCUACCACAUGUUCGAAGAAGAGGAUCCAGAAUAUCUAUUAAUUACUUAGAACAUUUAUUCACAUUGGAUCAAUUUCUCAAUGUUAAUAGGUUUAAUAGGAAUUUUGUCACUUAUAUGGGAAGUCUAACAACACCUCCAUGUCGCGAACGGAUCCGUUGGAUAAUUAAUCUUAUACCAAUUAAGAUCUCACGAAAAGCGAUGUUGCUGUUUCAGCGGAUAGAAGGCAAUGAGGGCUUCAUUGAGAACAAUGUUCGUCCCCUUCAGCCAACAAAUGGUCGAGAUUGUUUUGUUAAUUUUUAGGGAAUUGUUAAGAUCAUAGAGCUAAAUAAAUUUUAAUUAU